AUGUCCUCGUACAGACCAAAAGAAGGAAGAGAAUACGAAAAAGAGAAGAGAUAUCCUCCCAAAAGAGAGAAUCCAGAUACAGGAAACAUAGGCAUAAAUCAUUCCAACCCCUGUUCUAAAACUUAUCAAAUUAAAGAACAAAGAAGAAAUGAGGACAGCAAACACUAUGAUGAUAUAACAAGACCUACACGAAUUAGGGAAAGAAUACCAGAGGAUCAUCAAACUGCACAAGCACCUUCAUCCUUGGUUUUUUGGAGGGAACCAAUUCAAGAGAGACUCAAAUGGCAAGAGAAACCUCCAUCAUGGGAAUCCCCAGGCAAACGCCAGAGACCGAUAGAUUACGACACAGAAGAGGAAGAGAUAAGAAACAAAGAAAAAAGAGGGAAGAAAUAA